AUGCCGUCCACACCAACGACGUCACCGGCUAGUCAGAGUUCGUGCAUGGCUCAGGAUGGACUUUCCGACUUUCAGUUGUGUGCAGGGUCGUCUUGCGAUGUAUGGAAGAAGAUACAGAGUCUCGUCAGCACUUACCAGCCUAUCUUUAGUACGUGGAAUGGCUCUACUCCGGAAGUCCAUUUAACGGAUGCAGAUGAUAUAGAAACUAUUCUCCGUAGUCCCGUUAACAUCACCAAAGGUUGGCUCUAUGACUACCUCCAUCCUUGGUUAGGCACCGGACUUCUCACAAGCACAGGGCAAAAGUGGUUCGCGCACCGCAAGCUGAUCACCCCCACGUUCCACUUCAAGAUCCUGGAGAAC